AUGCUAGAGGAGUCAAGGCUUUUCAAGUUUGUAUGUGUUGAGAAGAUAUCCACCACUUUCAACUUGAGAAAAGUUGCUGUGCUACAGUAUCUUAUUUCGAAUCAGAUUUAUAAAAUAGGUUUGGACCAUUUAAAACGACUAGGUGAUGUACCCAUGUCGUACACAUAUUACGAAAGCGUUUUCUUCUACUUGAGUUUGCUUGAAAAGUCCAGUUUUCGAAAUUUCCACCGCCGACGUAAAUUUUUACAACACUGGGGAAGGCUUCUUCGACAAAAUGUUGUUCCAGAACUUAGAAAAAAAAUAUAUGGCACUCAACCACCUUGUUCUGAUUACGAAACACGUCGAAAUUUUUUUGGCAUGAGUUUCAGCUUUCUUCUCAACCGGUUAAAGACUUUUGCUGUGAGUGGUCUGGGCUGUGAAGAAGAAUAUGAUAUACUCAAAUUUUAUAAUGGUAAAAAGACUCAGGACUUUAUCGUGCUAGCAGUUAUUUUACUGAUAUGUGGGCGAGAAUGGGAUUCUUUGGCUAAGGAACUUGGUAUUGGUAGAAACAGCAGAAACUCUCUGACCCCGAUUUUAGUGAUGAAUAUUGCUGUAACCGAAAACUUUGUUUUGACCAUUGGGAAAGAAGCGGUUUCGGUAAUUGAUGGUACAUACUCUCCUGAUAUUUUGAAAGUUGUGCAUGAAGCAUCCAGAUUAAAUAACCUUCAGGUGAUGUUAUCGACAAAAUCAGUUGGAAUAUUGAAUUUGGAUAUUCAACGGUUAUCUCGCUUGCCGUCCAUAAAAGCUUCUCAGCUGUGGUAUACCGAGGUCAACUUUACGAGAAAAGUUAGACGUUAUCCAGAACAAUCUCCCGAAUUUGGUAAAAAGUUUAGAAACAUUUUUAUCAAAGUAUUGCAAGUGUACGACAGCGAUCUUCAUUCGAUCGUUUUGCGUGAGGUGUGUUCUGAAAAGGAACAACUAGUAGUAGAAGAAGAAGAAACGGAAGGUACUGAGGGUGGAGAGCUUUUCGGAACGGUGGUAAAUACUAGGACAUGUCCAGGCAUAGUCACGAGAAAAAUAGAAGAUGAUUACUAUAUGGUUUACAAUGUUAAUGGAGAGUAUGAGCAGCCAGCACGAAGGUCGCUUGCGCCAUGGGUUGCUAAGAAUGGACAGGAAUUAUGCUCUUUGAUCACUUUAUUAGGAUUGGAUCGUUUAUUUGUUUUAGGGUUCAGGAUGUUAAUCAUAGAUCGCAACAAUCGUCUCGUUAAAUUCAGUAAAUCCUAA